AUGUAUGUGGCUAACUCUGGUGGCAAUAGGCCUGGAGUGGAUAAUGUAGGGAGAUACUAUGUAAGUGAAGUCCCGACAGAGCCUGAGAAAAUCAUGUUUGAGUACGAGUCCAAGGAAUUGCACACAUCUAUGGGAUCAGAGGAUGAAAGUGAAGGCCACAAGUUUCCCGAGUUUGAUGAUGACUAUGCUCAUGGUCAGGGCAGAUUCGAGUUAGGGAUGAGGUUUGCAACUGUUGAACGGUUUAAAGAUGUGGUGAAGGACACAUUCAUUGCUGAAGGAAGGGAGGUUAAGUGGAUCAAGAAUGAUACGGAGAGAGUGAGAGUGGGCUGCAAGGAUGAAGAGUGCAAUUUCUUGGUUCAUCUGUCUUACAACAAAAUUCUGCAAUGUUACCAAAUUAAGACGUACCAGCCAGAGCAUAGUUGUGCAAGGGAUUUAGGGAGUAACGUAGCAGACCAGCAUUGGAUCAGCAGGAAAAUUGUGAAGAGGAUGGCUACCCAACCACACAUGACCACUAGGGAGGCAACUGAAUUUCUUAGGGAAGAAUUUUCUUUAGCUCCCCAUCCUAAGAUGGUGUAUAGAGCAGUAGUUGAGGCCAGGGAUAAGAUUAUGGAAAACGAGAAGGAACAAUACAAGAGGACAAGGGACUAUUAUGCCUGUAAGCGAGGGUUCAAGGAAUGGUGUAGGCCUUUGCUGCACCUGGAUGGAUGCUUUCUCAAGACAUACUACAUGGGGUGGCUUCUAGCAGCAGCAGACAUAGGAGAUGAUGCAAACCAUGGCUGGAACUUCAUUUCAGAUCAACAAAAGGGUUUACUCCCUGCCUUAAAGGAAGUCAUGCCAAAAGCCAGGCACAGGAACUGCGUGAUGCACAUGUGGAAGAACUUCGUUAAUAGGUUCAAAGAUUUAUACAUAAGAGAGGUUGUCUGGGAGUGUGCCAGAUGCACAACAGUUGUGGAGUUCAAGGACUGUAUGGAAAGGCUGAAGGCAGUGAAUCAUGGGACUUGGGAAUACCUCUCAAAGUUUGAGCCAGAGACAUGGGUCAAGGCGUAUUUCUCGCAUGGGCCGAAAGUUGAUAACCUCACUAACAACAUGUGUGAGGUCUUCAACGCCAAAAUUGUUAAUUACCGCUGCAAGCCAAUCCUGACUAUGUGCGAAGAAAUCAGGUGUUACCUGAUGAGGAUGAUGGUAAAUCACAAGCGAGUAUUGGAAAAUCACACUGGUAAACUAGCACCAGUACAGUAA